GAGAAACAGUGUACAGCAGCACUGUCGUAGACCUGUGUGUGUGUGCCUGCUCAACACAAGCUGUUAACUUUGCCAACUUCCAUGUCAAAAUCUUUCCAGCUUUCACCGGUAACGCUGAGUACAUCCGUGGACCUGCGGCAACAUGAGUUUACUCGCCAAAAUAGCAGAGAUUGAAAAUGAGAUGGCCAGGACGCAGAAGAACAAGGCCACGGCUCACCACUUGGGCCUGCUCAAAGCACGCCUUGCCAAGCUGAGGAGAGAGCUCAUCACACCAAAAGGAGGCAGUGGUGGAGGAACAGGGGAAGGUUUUGAUGUAGCAAAAACUGGGGAUGCUCGUAUUGGGUUUGUCGGGUUUCCCUCAGUGGGCAAGUCUACCCUGCUGAGCAACCUUGCAGGAGUUUACUCUGAGGUAGCGGCCUAUGAGUUCACCACUCUUACGACAGUACCUGGAGUGAUCCGUUACAAAGGUGCCAAAAUUCAGCUGCUGGAUCUCCCAGGAAUCAUUGAAGGUGCCAAGGAUGGAAAAGGCAGAGGCAGACAGGUCAUUGCAGUGGCUCGGACCUGCAACCUAAUCCUGAUUGUGCUCGAUGUCUUGAAGCCUCUUGGCCAUAAGAAGCUAAUAGAGCAUGAGCUGGAGGGCUUUGGCAUCCGACUGAAUAAGCAGCCGCCUAACAUCGGCUUCAAAAAGAAGGACAAAGGAGGCAUCAACUUCACAGCCACAUGUGCACAAAGUGAGCUGGAUGCUGACACGGUUAAGAGUAUCCUGGCAGAGUACAAGAUCCACAAUGCUGACAUCACUCUGCGCAGCGACGCCACUGCUGAUGACCUCAUUGAUGUCGUGGAAGGAAACCGGGUCUACAUCCCGUGCAUUUAUGUGCUGAACAAGAUCGACCAGAUCUCCAUUGAGGAGCUCGACAUCAUCUACAAGGUGCCACACUGCGUACCCAUCUCAGCCCACCACCGCUGGAACUUCGAUGACCUGCUGGAGAAGAUCUGGGACUACCUGAAGCUUGUGCGCAUCUACACCAAACCCAAAGGCCAGCUCCCUGAUUACACCUCGCCAGUUGUACUCCCCGACGGACGAACUGCUGUGGAAGAUUUUUGCUUAAAGAUUCACAAAAACCUCAUAAAAGAAUUCAAAUACGCGCUAGUGUGGGGCUCAUCAGUGAAACACAAUCCUCAAAAGGUGGGCAAAGACCACAUCUUGGAGGAUGAAGAUGUUAUCCAGCUGGUGAAAAAGUAAAAAGAGCAUUAAUUCACUGCAUGGCCUGUUUUAUCACAGGGUGUACUAUACAUUUACUCAACGCAUCAUCAACCAUAUCCAUAAGAGCAUCUGUGUCUUGUGGUUCCCAGUUUUUUGUUUUAAGUUGGAAAAGGAAAAAUAAAAAGGAAAAUUGUCUGUCACAGUUCAAAACCCCACACAGUACUUAGCACUAUAAGUUGUUCACAUUGAAUAUCAGCUGAGCCUUGGAUUAAAUUUUCAAAAGCUGUAAAAUAAAAAUGUUUUAAAGAAA